UCCCGGAGCGCACUGGCCUCCUGAGCAGGGCACGGAGCCCGCGGCCCGGAGCUCGCAGCCGGCCGUCGCCUGCCGUCGUGCUCUGGGCGGCCGCCGGGUUCCUGGAGAGUGCGUCCAGCCAUGGAGCCUUUGCACAAAGACGCUGAGACGGCGGCGGGGGCGGCAGCGGCGACAGCAGUAGAUCCCAGGGGGCCGUCCACUGGGGUGGUCGUGCAGGUUCGAGAGAAGAAGGGACCCCUGCGGGCCGCCAUCCCCUACAUGCCCUUCCCGGUGGCUGUCAUCUGUCUCUUCCUCAACACUUUCGUGCCGGGAUUGGGUACGUUCGUCUCGGCCUUCACUGUGCUGUGCGGGGCACGCACUGACCUCCCAGACAGGCACGUGUGCUGCGUCUUCUGGCUGAAUAUCGCCGCGGCCCUCAUCCAGGUGCUGACAGCCAUAGUUAUGGUGGGCUGGAUCAUGAGCAUCUUCUGGGGCAUGGACAUGGUCAUCCUCGCCAAAUCGAGGGAUCUAGAACAAAGCCUUAAGCUCAAGAGUGUUCCCGUCAACCCCACAUGAGAUAACACAGAUGUGUAGACGGAGGUCCAUGCCCUGCCUCCCUGUCUCCCAGGCUGCUGACUUGGCUGAUGGAGGAGCAGGAUGUGCAGAUGGCAGGGUGUUCGGCCCAGGCCCUCCUUCUUGCCCUCUCAGCUCCCUUGGGGGUUGCUCAGCCUCUUGGUUGUCUGGGACAUAUCCAGGAAUACUGUCUUGGCACCCAAGUUUUCACCAUGAUUUCUGGAGGCUACAAGAAGAAAAUUGACCCCUGCUUUCUCUACCCAGACUACCAGACACACCCACCAGGCUCAGCAGCCAUUGCCUUCUCGCCUUUUGUAAAAACUGCACUCACCCUCAACAGAUGAGGUGGGCUAGACUGCUCCGAGCAGCCAUGUUUGGGGAGCCGUCUUGGGACAGCUGCAACUGACUUGGUCCCAGGAACAGCUGGGUAGAGGCUUGUUCCCCUGGCAUCACUCACAUAGAAAUAUAGGUUGGGUUUCACACGGCACCUUUGUUGUGCCACCAGCAAACACAGUAUCAAAUAAAAACUUCUGAGAACAGUCA